ACUGACACAUGCACAAGUUAACUGGUCCCGUCGCUUCGUUGACAGCGUUUCGUCUUCUUCCUCGUCCUUCACCGUUGAACUUGGGUUACUUUGCCGUCGCCGGAGCGCAGGAAAUGGCGGAGAUCAAAGUCCAGGCCGCUCCCCGCGACCACGAACUCCCCCUCGUCAUGCCGGACGCCGGCGCCUCCGGCGACAAGCCCCGCAAACCGAAGCGGGUCGCUUCUCUGGACAUCUUCAGGGGCCUCACCGUCGCGCUGAUGAUUUUGGUGGAUGAUGCCGGAGGAGAAUGGCCUAUGAUUGGACAUGCGCCGUGGAAUGGUUGCAACCUUGCCGAUUUUGUGAUGCCUUUCUUUCUUUUUAUUGUGGGUAUGGCCAUUCCGCUUGCUCUUAAGAGAAUUCCUGAUCGGUUUGCAGCCACUAAGAAGGUGAUAUUGCGGACUCUCAAGCUCCUCUUCUGGGGUCUACUGCUGCAAGGAGGUUAUUCACAUGCCCCUGACAAACUAUCAUAUGGCGUUGAUAUGAAAAUGAUAAGGUGGUGUGGCAUUCUCCAGAGAAUUGCUCUUGCAUAUUUGGUGGUGGCACUUGUUGAGAUUUUUACAAAAAAUCCACAAGAGAAUUAUGAAUCAUCCAGCUCGUUCUCAAUCUUCAGAAAGUAUUGUUGGCACUGGUUGUUUGGAGCAUGUGUUGUUACUGUUUACUUGGCUAUUCUUUACGGGAUAUAUGUUCCUGAUUGGCAAUUUACAGUCCAGGACAGAGAUAAUCCCAACUAUGGGAAGUUUUUCAGAGUAACUUGUGGCAUGAGAGGAAACUUAGAUCCUCCAUGUAAUGCGGUAGGAUACGUUGAUAGAGAAGUUCUUGGAAUUAAUCAUAUGUAUCAACAUCCAGCUUGGAAGAGAUCAAAGGAUUGCACUGUGAAUUCUCCAUAUGAAGGACUGAUACGGAAUGAUGCUCCAGCAUGGUGUUAUGCACCUUUUGAACCUGAAGGAAUUCUGAGUUCAAUAUCUGCUAUUCUCUCCGCAAUAAUUGGAGUGCACUGCGGUCAUGUGCUCUUGCACUUGGAGAAUCAUUCAACCAGACUGAAGCACUGGGUUCUCAUGGGUCUUUCUUUGCUUAUUUUGGGAAUCAUUUUGCAUUUCACCCAUGCAAUUCCUUUCAAUAAGCAGUUAUAUACACUCAGCUAUGUCUGCGUAACAGCUGGUGCUGCAGCGUUGGUAUUCUCAGCCUUCUAUGUCCUGGUUGAUGUAUGGGGUCUGCAUCUCCCAUUUCUUCCCUUGAAAUGGAUUGGCAUGAAUGCGAUGCUGGUGUAUGUCAUGGCAGCAGAAGGCAUAUUUGCAGCAUUCAUUAAUGGGUGGUAUUAUGAUGACCCCCGUAAUAACCUGGUACAUUGGAUUCAGAAGCAUGUAUUCAUUGGAGUUUGGCACUCCAAAAGAGUAGGAAUUCUUCUUUACGUCAUCUUUGCAGAGAUUCUUUUCUGGGGUGUUGUUGCUGGCCUUUUGCAUUGGCUAGGCAUAUAUUGGAAGCUGUGAUUUCCAUGCGAUCCAACCCUCAACCCAGUUAGCCUGUCACUGCAAAAUGCAGGUAAUAUUGUGAUAUGAAGAUCCUGGCUCCCCAUUCAUUCUAAGCAUUGAUUUUAGUCACUGCAGCUGCCGCCGUAAGAGAACCCGCAUUCUCAAGAGCUUUCAUGAUCCAUUCUCUGCAAGGAUUUAUUUCCAAGGGUACUAGACACGCUUUUUCAAGUUCCAGAAGAGAAAUUUCACGCAUUCUAAUAGACAAAACAACAUGACAGCUGGCCACCUCCUAUUUCCAGUACAGCCUUCUUUAUGUUCACUGUCUUCUAAUUCUAACUCAGAGAUCAACCGGAAUUUGUGGUGACGCAGAAGCAGUUUCCUUUUUAUCAACUUUUGAACGGAAACACCUUUGCCUAAAUACAUGCAGUAGUACUGUGGAAAGACGUGUGGUAAGAUCAACAGGCGACCUGACUUUCCUCAGACCACUUCAAGAAAAUUAAGACUUCAACCCAUGGUAGGGUCCACUAUGCUGUUUCUCUAUCGCCAAAACUUCUGAUUGAUCUCCAAUUUGGAACCAGAAGACACUGAACUCAAAGGAGGCUAUACUGGGAAUAAGAAGUGAGCUAUUGUAUUUUGUUGUAUAGUUUAGAAUGUUAGAGGUGUCCUUUUCUGAAUUGAGAAAAAAUAUAUCAUGCUCUUGGGAGUAAUUUAGAUUCUAAUCCUUGCAUAGAGGGGAUCUGCGAAUGCAGGUUCCCUGAGUGGACCUGGCUGAGGAAAUGUUCAAGCUCUGCCUGUAUCAAUUAAAGAAACUCACGGAUGUUCAAGCAGGAGUACAAAGUAGUUUGUACCGCUUACAUGUCAUUCAGAAGACUCGAUGUCUAUACUCUGGCUGGGAAAGCCAUUCACUAAUAACAAUAAUAUUUUCACGUGAUUGGUCGGUCAGAGUUCUUGCAGACAUCAGAAUCAUCACUCCUGUUUUGGCAAUGGUUCAACGUAGUGUCUAAUUGUAGCUGCAUUUUGGCUUUAAUUUCCCUUCCUACUAUUGUGGGAAAACGUUAGUGGACCAGUUUAUCUUUAGAUGAUGGAUGUAAGACUGACACGAUUUUGAGUUU